UUUGGAAGAAAUAGUCUCGACCCCUUAUUGAAAAGAUUCCAGAAACUAUUUGCUAUUCAAACUCUGCCCCCACGCGCACGUGGAUGACGUUUAUUGUUCGCGACCCGGCUACCUAAACAGAAGCUACCCGAGCAGCGAUACAUUUCUCUGCUGCCUCGUCACUGAUGUCCCAACAAGGAGCGCCGGCUGCAGGGGCCGCCCCAGACUCCCCAUCGCUGCUCGUCACAUCCAAUGUACAGAAGUACGCCAUUAAGAAGAAAAAGGUUCUGACAUCGGAGGAGAGCGAACUGUUCGAACUGACACAGGCUGCGGGAGUCACCAUGGACCAGGAGGUCUUCAAGAUCAUUGUGGACCUGCUGAAAAUGAAUGUGGCUCCUCAGGCCGUCUACCAGACCCUGAAGGCGAUGUGUGCUGGACAAAAAGUUUCUGAAGGUGCUGGUGGAGAUGCCACCUCACACACAGCUGCUCCCACAGAGGUCAAAGAAGAGGAUUCUCUGGUUUCAGGGAAAAGCCCCAAAAUGUCAGCACCAGCAGCCUCCAAAAGUGCUCGGGUCAACACUAAGAUCGUGGUCUAUGGGCCUCAGGAGGCCGCACACUCUCAAGUGCGCAGUAAAAGUGGGGUGAGCCACAGCGAAAAGUCCCGGGAGCCAUCCAGCCAGCGGGUGCAGCGACAGCCCAGCGCCACAAGGGGGCAGAAGACGAAGAGCUCAGGCAGCAGUAGCUCCUCGUCACAGAUAAACUCCACCUAAUCCUUAGCUCGCUGCGUUCAUGGAAUACCUGGAAACCUGCCUUCCACGUGCUGCUAGGGAACCACCAUCAUGACUGCUGACGUGAAGAAUGGCUGAAUAUGAGGGUCAAGCUUUAUUUGAAUCAUUCGGAUCUGAACCCAUCAACAUUUCUCACUCAGUUUGCCUUUGUAUAAAUGGGACAUUGACUCAAACAGAAUUUAAGGGCGGAUAUAGUUUGUAAACAGAGGGGGCUCUAUGGUUAUUUUAGAUUUAUAUCUAAAAAAAAUAAAAACAUAUUACAGGAUAAAUCAGCUUUUCUAACAAUUUAAAUCGUAUUUAAAGUCUUGGUGGUUAUAAUAAAUGAUGAGGCAUGUUAAAAGGUGAACCAUGCGACAUUAAAAACUAACAAACUGGGACGAUUGUUCAGUACCCUCUUUGUCCGUCUGAAACUUUCCAUCAUUUACAUUUGUAUUACUGUCUGUUAGUUUCAAAGAAAGAUACAUUGACAAAUAAACUGAAUCUGAAACUGAAUUAAAUACUUUUUUCCCCUUUGGGAUGCGUUUGCUCAGCACUGCUGCAGAGCCGAACUUCACCGAUAGGGGUCAGUGUGGAUCCAGCCUCCUCCUCGCCCGGAUCCUCUGUUUCCAGCUUAUUUAUAUAUUCUUGGAUGUUUAUUUUUGUUUUGAGUGAAUUUCAUCGGCACCGCAGACUGUUCCAUUAAAUAGUGAGCGUUAUCCUUCACUCAGCGCCAACUGUACACGCUAUAUGCGCCAUUAAUCAAUAGAGGCGAUGACGCUGUUG